AUGUCACGGUCACUCGAGCCAACGGCCCGCAACAGCAAGCCCCUCGAAGUCAUCGGCACCUACGACCCCGUCCCGCGCACCGAUCCCUACGACGAGUCCUCCAAGCGGCACAAGAACAUCCAGCUCGACACCCUGCGCGCGAGGUACUGGAUCGGCGUCGGCGCGCAGCCCAGCGAUACCGUUUGGCGUCUGUUGUCAAUGAUUGGUAUUCUGGAGCCGAAAUACGGCCCCAACGGAUUCUUGAACCCAAAGACUGCCGCGAAAUCGAUGACCGAACCUUCUACACCUCCGACACCUGAAAAGGCUUGA